AUGCGCUUUUUCGCUCUGAUCAACAUUCUCGCUACUGCGGCUGCUCUCCCCACAGAGAUUGCCUCUAAUGACCUUGGCAGCGCGGUUGACAUUGCUGGUCGUAACGAUGUAGCGUCUCUUGGCCUUCGCGUCGCAGUGCCGGAGCCAGACCUCAAAAGCGCUCAUGUUAUCGAGACUCGCGAGGUGAAGAGUUUUCCGUGGCCCGAGAGCUCGUUUGCCACCGGCAAUUCCGCCUACCAAGUCCUCGUCACCAGUCUUGGCAGCAACCAGUACAGAAUCUCGUUCUAUAAUAGCUCACCUAAGAACGGGUGGUCUUAUAGAUAUACCGUUACUGCGGUCGGCCCUGGAGGUAACGGCCUGAUUGCUGAGAAGGUACUCGCACCCCAAACGCCCUCUGAACAUAUCGAAGUUAAGAAGUCUGGCGACACUGUGAAAGUUGAGGUAGUUCAGGCUUAG